GGCUCAUGGAAGAGAAUGCGAGGCGGUGGAGGGGAAAUUUGCGCGCGAUGAAAGAGCGAGUGAGGGAUCGCCUCUGCGCAGCGCAAGCACACAGUUCUCUCAGGCAAUCGCAGCAAAGAUCCGGUGUGGUGCGUGGAGCAGCGCUUGGCAGGGCCAGGACGGGGUUCGUAGUCGCCAGGGUAUUCAAGGGAAACGUCGUGUUUGCGCGGGUUGCCAAGAAUCUGCGGCAGCGACAGCGGGCGUGGAGGAAAAUCUCGAUCGCCGAUCGCAUUCCAAGCUUCCGGAAUCUCAUCGCUGGAGCUUUCGGUGGAGCGAUUCUUGUCGGUGGCUCCUCCGCUCACGCCGAAGCGCAUGAAGCUCCACAGGGGUUCUUGGAAGAGCUGGCCACCAGAAGAAAAUUCUUCAAAGGCCGGGGCGCUGCAACUAUCGACGAUGAUCUAAAGAAGAAAAUUUCCGAGGACUCUCCAACCGUCCGUGUUCUUCGUGCCAUAGCUGUUCCAGUUCUCGCAAAUGUUUGCCAUGUUUUCAUGCAUGGACUUAACCACACUGAGGUCUAUGGCUUGGAGAAGCUUGAGAAAGCACUUCUACAUCGCCCCCAAAGCACGGGUCUACUAACGCUGAGCAAUCACGUUGCCGCAAUGGAUGAUCCUUUGGUCACAGCUUCUUUACUAUCGCCUCAGAUUCUGCUUCAUGAAAGGAUGCUAAGAUGGACGUUGUGCGCUACUGACCGAUGUUUCACGUCCGUGCCCAAGUCUAUCUUCUUUACGUCUUUGAAGGUGCUGCCAGUUUCUCGCGGCAAAGGCAUUUACCAGGAGGGCAUGGACCUUGCGCUGGAGAAACUCAACCACGGAGAUUGGGUACACAUUUUCCCCGAAGGCAGUCGAUCUCGAGAUGGUGGGAAAACCUUGGGAAAUGUGAAACGAGGGGUUGGGAGGCUAGUCAUGGAUGCGAAGGAGACGCCUGUGAUCAUCCCUUUCAUGCACGAAGGCAUGCAAGAAGUUUUGCCGAUUGGUAGCAAGUUCCCGCACAUCUGCAAGAAGGUGACUGUUCUUGUGGGAGAUCCAAUUCUCGUGGACGAUUUGCUUGCCAGAUGCAAGGACCAAGAACUCACAACCGAUGCUCUCUACGACGCCGUCGCGCAGCGCGUGGAAGAGAGAAUGCGGGGGAUGAAAGGCGAGCUACAGCAGCUGGUGGCGAACGAGAGACUAGCCCGCGAGAGAGAUCGCAAGCUCUAUCUGGCUCGGCGAGCGAGCGGGAUCUGGGAGCACGUCGAUUGGGAAAUGGAAGGCUUUUCACUCCACAGCGACGACGAGACGAUCGAUCACUCCCAUCAGCAGCAGCAGCGCGAAUUCUCCGAGAUCUCUUCCGGCGACGCAGCAAAAACGAGCUGGAUGGAUCAUCCAAUCCAUUCCAGCGAUCGCGCGCUGGAUUCUUCGCCAAGCAUCGCGGCGAGAUUGAGAGCUUUCGGCGAUCCAGCAGCGAUGGUUAGCUUCGCGGCACGCGGCAUCGCCUGGAACUGGAAGACGCGCGAGUUCAAAUAUGGUGUCGGCACGUGGACGGCCAGAUUGUGUGGAAAUCAAGGGCUGGGAUUGUAGAGGUUCUCGGGCUUGGGUUUGUGGCGUAGGGUUUGAGCGUUUGUGUUUUAUAGCGAGCGAGCUGGUUUGGCGUCGCCAAGGGUUCUAGGCGCUCAUAUCUCUUCACCGGUUUGCCACACACAGCCGCAAAGAUGAAUCGAGAGAAGCUGAUGAAGAUGGCUAGUGCUGUGCGCACCGGUGGAAAGGGCACAGUGAGGAGG